GACCGUGUCCCUUGCCUAACCCUUCCUCUUCCGCUCCAUGGAGGAGGCGGAGAAGGGGGAGAUCUUCAAGAUGAACACCAAGCCGAGCUCCAUGAAGGAGGCGGAGAAGGGUGAGGUCUUCGAGAGGAACACCAGGUUGAGGCUGGAUAACCAUCCGGAGGCGACGGCGGAGGCGCCCAGCCUAUUCACCGACGACAUCAUCCUAGAGAUCCUCUCCCGCCUCCCGGCCAGAUCCGUCCACCGCUUCAAGUGCAUCUCCGUGUCCUGGCGCAACCUCAUCGCCGACCCCGCCAACCGCAAGAAGCUCCCCCAAACCCUCGCUGGCUUCCUCUACUUCACCACCGACAACAUCGGGCAUCACCACCAGUUCGCCAGCAUCUCCGGCAGGGCACCCCCGUUCGACCCUUCCCUCCCUUACCUGCAACCUAACAAGUACAAGGACAUGACCCAGGUAGACGCCUGCAAUGGCCUCCUUCUGUACCGCGGCAGCAACAACAAGUUGGUCGCUUGGAAUUGGGCAAAGGACGAUUUCCAUUUUGUCGUGUGCAAUCCGGUCACCGGGAGGUGGGUAGAGCUGCCCCCUUCACCGCAGUCGCCGGAAAACAGAUUUAGCUGUAUUGCAGGUCUGGCUUUUGAUCCCGCAGUCUCAUCCCAUUUCUACGUUCUUCAAUUCGAGCAGACCUUUCAGGGAUCUUACAUCACAGCAGUGAACAUCUACUCGUCGCGGACAAGAGCCUGGACUCGCAGGGAUAGUGGGAUGGUUGAGAAAGUGGUGCUGUUCUAUCUCACUAGAUGUGUAUUUGUCGGUGGUAUGAUGUACCUGAUGGGCAUCCAUAAAGGCAUUAACGAAGAGAAUGUGCUGGUGGGUGUGGACAUGGAAGUGAAAGUGUGGAAGAUUAUCCGUGUGCCGUACAGUUCAGGAGUUGGCACGCUUGGAUCAUCGCAGGGGUGCUUACACUUUGCUAUAGCUUCUCAAGAUCAAUUGAAUAAAGAACUAGUUUCUGAGAUAGAGCUCUGGUGCCUCAAAGAUCGCGAUAGUAAAGAAUUGGUCCAGAAGCACACUGCCAGCAUUGAUAAGCUAAUGAGCACAACCGAGCUGGGGUACAGGGUGGCUGAGAUUCAUCCAGAUUGCGAUACCAUUUUUCAGGGUUCAUAUGGAGGUGAUACCUUGGCAGCGUAUGAUAUGCGACAUCAGAAAGUUUGCUGUAUCCUUAAUCUUGAGACAAACAUUACACAAUGGCACCGGUUUCUACCCUAUGUUCCUCUUUGCUCAGAGUCAUUAGCAGAUGCAGAUGGGCAGUAG